AUGGCUCAGAAUAACUGCACCACUUUGUUUCCAAACGUCACAACACAACAUCAAGACAAGUUCUUCUUCAGGGUUGAGAAUGGAGCGUUUAAAGCCACAGCGUCGUGUCAGGCCAUUCAAGUCAACGUACGAGAUUCCUGGAGUCCUAUAAUCACAGUCUCUGGUGCUCAGACAGAGACACAGGUGGUGACUGUGACCUGCUCAGCGGUCACUCCCUGCCCAAGUGCCCCUCCUCGCCUCACAUGGAACCUCCACCAAGACUCUGCCAGCGACACAGAGAGAAGCCCAGACGGAACACGUACCACUAAAAUCACUCACAGAAUAACUCUGACACACUCUCACGAUGAGCACAAAGUCAAUUGCACAGCUGCGUAUCGUGUCAAUGGAGAAUUAAGGAAGGCUUCCACUACAAUCAAGCUCAAUGUCACGUAUGGUCCUAAAAACACGUCUGUUGUGGUCAGUCCACCUGGUCCACUGUCUGCAGGUCAGUCUGUGACUCUGAGCUGCAGCAGCAGAGCUCAGCCUCCUGUGCAGCGCUUCACCUGGUUCAGACGCAGCGGCUCACACACACCGGUCAACGUCAGUGCAGGACACACAUACAGCUUCAACUUCAGCCUCGCUGCACAUGGACAGUAUUACUGCGAGGCUCAUAGUGCACUCGGAAAACAGGCGUCUCAAGUCAUGCUGGUGGGCCCUGGAGGCGUGAGAGCAGCCGGCAGCUCGUCUCAGACUGCAGCCAUCGCUGGAGGAAUCGUUUCAAUUCUUCUGGUCGUUAUUGUGAUCUUUGCCAUUUGGAAAUACAAGUCAAAACGCAAACGCUCCCAGAAGAAAAGACAGGCGGCGGUCGCUUCAGGACGUCCACAGAAUGAUGCUGAGGUUCAUUAUGGUCAGAUCCACUUCUCCAAACCACCACAUGAGUCAAAGAGCUCUGUGUGUGACAAGAACCAGGAAACUGUGUACUCUGCGGUGAAAGGAUCCAACAUGGCCGAGAGCAUGGCUCUCUACGCUCCGUGA